AUGACUUCAUCAGACGUUCGGCCAGAACCCCACCCUUCCGCAGUCUUUUCCCUCGUCCCUAUGAAUUCAAGGGCAAAAGCGGUGCUGGACCACCCCUCCAACAGUCACCUAAUCUCUGUUGUCCACAAUCCCGACAAUCCCUUGAACAAUUUGGGAAUCAACGUGGGUCCGCACAUCAAUUCAUCGUCACAAUAUGCCCUGGCGACCCUCGGACGCCGUGGUACAGACAUCACGCUGGAAGGAGCAACCAUUUCGCGCACCCACUGCUCUUUUGACAUUAACCAGGAAUUCGGUACGAUUCUCCUUUACGAUCGAUCAACGGCUCAGGCAACCAACUUCUUCGGUGAAGAUCGUCAAUCCUUUGAAAAAGGCCAAAUCCGACGAGUCGUUGUCGCUCCGGAGGUGAACACCCUUCUAGGCAUUGGCGGCCACGAUGGCCAACAACUUUUGUUCAAGCUGCUUUGGCACAAAGAAGUGAUCAAUUGGAAGGAUAUGCUGAAGAUUCAAAGUCAAAAUUCUUGUGACACCCGAACUGUGCCAUCUUCUAGAUGUCCAACAUCGCUUAACACACCUACUGCACCAUCUUACACGUACCGCCAUGUUAAACUCCACAAGAUAGGUACAGAAACCUUUGGGGAUGUCUGGCAGGCAGUUGAGACCGACACUGGCAUGCUUAAAGCUGUCAAGGUUGUAAAAGAUUAUGUGCAUGGCACCGAUGACGUGCGACGGAUGAUGCCGCAUGUUGUGGAGUAUAAGGACUAUGUGCCAGCCCAAGGAGGUCUUUUCAUUUUCAUGGUCCUGAGAGAUGGGAGCGUUGAGGACUUGAUUCAUCAAGGGUUCUUUGAGCCAACGUCUGACCGACACCUGGCUGUGACUGUUUUACGCCAUGUUCUUAUGGGGAUUCAUUAUCUCGGCAGCAAGAACAUCGCGCAUCGCAAUCUCAAACCAGCGAAUAUCAUUUUCACCAAGAACACAGAGGCGGGCUUCCAGUUUCAGAUCACCGACUUUGGCGUUGCAAACUCUGCAAACAAUACCACGACUUUGGUGAUGUCACCCCGAUAUGCCGCUCCUGAGGUUCUGUGCGGUGACGGUAGGCUCCAAACCUCCAAAGCCGAUAUCUGGUCUCUAUUCGUCACUAUGGCACAUGUCCUGAACGUGGAUGGCUAUAGGGACAAAAUCUUUGGCACAAACGCCGAAAUAAUCCAAUCCGCCUGCAGCGCAGCCGAAGACCGGGACAUGUCUGACAUCAAAGACAUGGUUAUUGUAGAGCCUGAGCAACGAGCUUCGGCGGCUCAGAUGCUACAGAGACUUUUUGGAGGGGAGCUUGGCUACGCCGCCUGA